ACUCUGAAAUGGAGGUGUGGAUACGACGCAUGCGCACUACGUCCACAACUAUCCAGUCCCGUCCACAAGCGCAGACAUCAACAAGAGAGCGGGUUACUGAUGCGGGUCGAUUUUCAUAAUAGUCACAUCGUAACGACGCGCUACAGGGACUAUUACUUUAACUCAGCUUCACACAACUUGCAACAAGAUGUUUGGCUUUCACAAGCCGAAAAUGUACAGGAGUUUGGACGGGUGCUGCAUCUGCCGCGCAAAGUCGUCAAGCUCUCGUUUCACGGACAGCAAGCGAUAUGAGCGAGAAUUCAGGAGCUGUUUCGGAUUGAGUGAAACGCGGUCUGGAGAAAUCUGUAAUGCCUGUGUGCUCCUGGUCAAACGAUGGAAAAAGCUUCCUGUGGGAACCAAGAAGAACUGGAACCACGUGGUCGAUGCAAGGGGAGGUCCCAGCUUAAAGAUAACUUCCAGGCCCAAGAAGAUAAAGUCCAUUUCCAAGAAAGCCAGGCCGAGCCAGAUCAGCAGGCUGCAGAAAGAGCUUAAAAGACACAACUCAGAUGCUCACAGCACCACCUCCAGUGCCUCUCCGGCUCAGUCUCCUAGCUACAGCAACCUGUCGGAUGAUGGCUCUGACACUGAGCUUAGCCCAGGAUCCAGCCGCUCCCCGGUUUUCUCCUUCCUGGACCUCACGUACUGGAAGAGGCAAAAAGUGUGCUGUGGAAUAAUCUACAAGGGGCGCUUUGGGGAGGUGCUCAUCGACCCACAUUUGUUCAAGCCGUGUUGCCGCAACAAACAACGACAGCAGCAACAGCAGCAGGAGGAGGAGGAGGAAGACGAGGAGGAGGAAGACGAGGAGGAGGAAGUGGAGGUAGAGGAGGGCCAGGUGGGCCCGGAUGUCAGCGGGCAAAAAUCCCAGACGGAUGAGGAAGUGAAGGAGACGCCGACACGCGAGGUAAAUGCAGAGCCCACUCAGCUAUGCGUUACCGUGACAACACCUCCAACCAGGAGCAUGGUGGCGGCAGAAGAAGGGUGGUAGAGUCAAAACCACCCUCGCACACAUCUCUGAAGAAAUCUUGGGGUGCUGUCUUUUUUCUCGAGCACUGACAGAGAGGUUGCCUCAGAUUGCCUUCAGUCAUAAAGCAGCUGAAAAUCCCUUGGUCUUCUCCAUAAUAAUGUUGGAGGUUUGUUUAUUAUGUUGAAACAGUAACUUAUGGACUGUUGUGUUUCCACUUUGUCUCUUUUUUUGUAUUUAAUAUUCUCACCAUCCUGACGAUGGACCAUCAUCCGUGGUGUUUUUGAUCUACUUUAGAUUACAUGCUGGAGCUCUAGUUUGCUGGUACAUUUAAAAGAUUUUAUUCCAAAACGCAAUAGAUCCACUUACUCACAGAAAAAGGUGCUACUUGAAAUUCAUCACUCAACAUUUCAAACAUACAGCUGAACCCAUUCUCAAUGUGGAUAUUUUACAGGCAUAUAUGUUAAGAUGACUAAUAUGAUGACAUUAGUUUUCUUGUUCAGAGUAAAUGGCUCUUUUUUUUUUAAUGGUGGAAAUCUCGUUUUGGAAUGAAUGACACUUUACAUUGACAGAGCACAGACCUGUACAGUAGCCCUUGUGUUUGUGUCCAUUCACAUUGACAUCCACUCCUAUCAAAGAGUUUGUGUUUGUAGACUGGAUUAGUGUCUCUGUGUGCAAAUACGUAUGUGGCUCCGAUUUAAAUAAGGCCUAUUCACAGCUUCAACAGCAAAUACACCAGCCUUAAUUAUGUGUUACAGACAGUGCUAGUGUUAAUUUGGGAUUGGUAUUAAGGAACAAAAAGGGACAGAAGCUAUGUUUAUCGUGGCCUCAGCAACACAUAGUGCAUUUUGCAUGAAUGGCAAGCCACUCAUCCAAAAGACCUAAUGAUCUGAUGCAUGAGUCUACUAAAAAUUGCAUGGCCUUAUAUAAACUGUAAAUCUUACUUUUAUUUUUUGGAUCCAUUUUUCUGAAGUUUUAACUUAUUUUUAUAUGUAAAAAAAAAAGAAAAAGGAAAAAUAGAAGUGUCUUUGCAUAAUAAUACCACACAAUACAACAGCAAAACACACAAUCGGUCUAUAGUCAUUCAGCAAUAUCAAUAUCAGUGAUUUCCCUCAUUCCUGGGUCAGUAUAUGGUUAAAGACUUUAUACAAGUUGAAAUUCUAUGCCAUUGCCUCUUAUAUACCACAAAUGUGUUGUGAUAUAUAGCCUAAUAUUACUUUAUUUAUCAAAUGAAAACCAAAGCACAUUGAAAUUCACCCAAUGUCAAAUCAAUGCAGGUUUUCUAUGGACACUUGUGCUUGUCCGAGGUCAUUUGUAUAUAUGUUUAUGGUAUUCUAAAAACAAACGCUAAUAUGAAAUUUCAUACAUGUGAUGUUGUAGUUGGGAGCAGAGGGUGUGUUAUGUACAGAAGGGGUUGGGUGAGCCAAGUGGCUCGUAUAUGGGUUCAUUAUUUAUUUAUUUCAUAUUUAUUUGUAUCACUGCAUCCCCGCUUAGAAGUGUAAUACUAUGAAUUCUUCUCAUCUUUAGCUAAUGCGCAGCAUGGUUUUUGUACAUCAGAAAUCGAAUGUAAUUCUCACGCAGACUUUGUUUAACAUUGCGUUGAAUUACCGGUUGUCAAUAUUUGUGAAAUGAUGUUAAGUAUUUAUUUACUCAUCAGUUGAGUUGCGUGCAGCCUAACUUAUUCUGUAUCAUCACUUUGGAUCUGUAUCAUGUAGACUUAUAACGAAUGAUAGAUUGCAACCAAACUGUACUUUUCCCCUGUUUAGCCUGUAGCUUAAAAUGUUACAGAACAGUAGGAUUCCUAACUCUAGACUUGCAUGUACUGUUGCUAUGCAUUUACUUAGCUUACGAGUUAGACAAAGCGGUUUUGUAUUUUUUAUACAUCAUGUACUUUUUUUACUUGUCCCUUAAUAAAAGUAAUUUUGUGAGUUUUCUGGAA